CGCGCUGGUGCGUGACGUCACCACGCGGAAGUAAACAUAUCGCUGCGCCUAGUGUGUAAACACGUUUAUUUGAUAUUGAAUAAAUGUGGAACGAUGUACGCUGUUUGUAAAAUGUCAGCAGUGUGAGGUUUACUCAGAGAUAAUGUUUCUAAAAAAUGUACUAAUGUUGUACUUCUCACCGAGGAUCACUUUAGCUGUUUAUUGAUUGAUUUGUUUGAUGUCGGACUGGUUCGGUUCGGUUCGUUAUGGCUGCGGGUUUCGCUCCGCCGAAGCUCAAAGAUUUUAUUCUCACCGAGAAGCUGGGAAGCGGCACAUAUGCGACAGUUUAUAAAGCUUUCAGAAAGACUGACAGCAGGGAGGCUGUGGCUGUGAAGGUGGUCAGUAAGAAAAGUCUGAAUAAAAGCUCAAUGGAGAAUCUGCUGACAGAGAUUGAGAUCCUAAAGACGAUUCGGCAUCCACACAUUGUGCAGCUCAGAGAUUUCCAAUGGGACAGUGAUAAUAUUUACUUGAUUCUGGAGUGGUGUUCAGGAGGAGAUCUGUCACGUUUCAUUCGCACUCGCAGGAUUCUCCCGGAGAGAGUCGCCCGCCGUUGUCUUCAACAGAUCGCGUGUGCUCUUCAGUUUCUUCAUGAGAAGAACAUCUCUCAUCUGGAUCUCAAACCUCAGAACAUUCUGCUCAGUGGAAACAUCUUAAAGCUCGCAGAUUUUGGUUUUGCUCAGUACAUGUCCCCGUGGGAUGAACAGCAGGUGUUACGAGGUUCUCCGCUCUACAUGGCUCCAGAGAUGUUGUGCAGACGACAUUAUGAUGCUCGUGUUGAUCUGUGGUCUGUCGGGGUCAUUCUAUAUGAGGCUUUAUUCGGACGAGCUCCGUUUGCAUCUCGCUCAUUUGCUGAACUAGAGGAGAAAAUCCGCAGUGAGAAACCAGUUGAGCUGCCAUCUGGAGUGAAAGUUUCUCCUGACUGCAGAGAUCUGCUGCUGCGGCUGCUAGAGAGACAUCCAGACGCUCGCAUCACAUUUGAUGAGUUUUUCCUCCAUCCAUUUGUAGAUCUGGAGCACAUGCCCAGUGCAGAGAGCCUUCAAAAAGCAAAAGCUCUGGUGUUAGAGGCGGUUCAGAAGGAUCAGGAUGGAGAGAGAAGUGCAGCGUUGUCUCUUUACUGUAGUGCACUUGAACACUUUGUUCCUGCGAUUCACUAUGAAACAGACAGACAGAGAAAAGAAGCUCUCAGACAAAAGGUGAAUCAGUAUGUUUCUCGGGCCGAGGAACUCAAAGCUUUGGUCAGAUCAGACAACAAGAUCAGUUUUGAGGAAGCAAAGUCAACCAGGAACAUAUUAAUAGAAAUGUCCAGAAAUCAGCCGCGUUUAUUGGCUGCUCUGGAGUUGGCGUCCUCUGCUGUUGCCCUGGAGGAGAGCGGAGCUGAAGAUUGUGAAACUCUUGAUUUAUAUCAGCAGAGUUUAGGAGAAAUGCUUCUGGCUCUCGCGGCUGAAGGUCAGGGCCGGCGGAGAGAUUUACUACACAGUGAGAUUAAAAGUUUAAUGAGUCGAGCGGAGUAUCUGAAAGAACAGAUUAAGAUGAGAGAAACUCAGACGGAUGAAUCGCUGAAGAAAGAUGCCGUUGCUGAAUCUGUGAGAUCUUCAUGUUGUUUACAGUGAGCUGAGGGUUCUCGUCAUAUCAACAUGAAUGUAACGUGUCACAUGAUCAGAGUAUUCACAGGAUCGGAUUGGAUCUCUUCAAGUGUGAAUAAUCAAAUGUGACGUUCAUCUGGCUGUCAUUUAUCCUAAAUCUUAUUUAAUUUUUCAUUUUGAAAUUAGAUUUUGAGUUUCUUAAUACACUGACCUCCAAUUAUGAAAAAUCACACACACACAAACACACACACACACACACACACACACACACACACACACACACACACAC